GUGAUGACGUAGACAGCGUGUUAUUUCUUAACAUUCUAAACAACCUUUUUUUAGAUCUUGUUUGCAUCUUCCUCUUUGCCUAUUAUAUUAAUCAAAAUUAAAUAUUAUUUUUUAUUAUAAAUGUAAACUACGCCCGCUGGUACAAAAAUGCCAAAGACACCGUUGAUGACGUCAGCCACGAUUAUUUCCUUGAUUCUAGAAAUCGAGGUUGAUGAGUAGUGUGUAAUAUCCUUGCGUUGAAUGCACCUUUACAGCUGACUUUGACAAUCAAAACAACAAAAAUAAAAACAACAGGACAAAAAUGUUCUAAAAACAUAUUUUUGUCCCAAUUAAAGUGUUUUAAUUGUGUUUUUAGUGUUUAAAAUGGGGUCUUUACUGUCCACAAGACAAAGAAAUGGGGUAGAAGAAGUGGAUGUGGUAACAAACCACCAAUACAAGUAUCCUCCUAGAUCAGGCAAUUAUUUCGGUAGUCACUUCAUAAUGGGCGGAGAACGAUUCGAUACUCCACAACCUGAAUCUUAUCUAUUUGGAGAGAAUUCCGAUUUGAAUUUCUUGGGUAGCAGACCUACACCUUUUCCUUAUCCUCCACCACAACCAAACGAACCAACAAAAACCCUAAAAUGUCUAGUAAACAUCAGAAAAGAAUCUCUCAGGUUUAUAAGAGCCUCAAGCGAAUACAACAAACUGCCAACCACUGAUAAAACUGAUUUAUCUGAUGAUGUUGAAUUGGGCACCAACACUUCCUUCAAUAUUGAAUUCAUUUUUGACUGCGACGUUAAAUGCGCCAUCACCAUACAUUACUUUUGCACUGAAGAAGUUACGGCUAACGGAGUUGUUUACACACCAAAAGACCCGAGUCUUUCUUCAGAAACUUUUCGUUAUAAAAAAGGAGCUAAUCAACAAUUUUGCCAACCUACUCAUGUUUUUAAUCCUGCCAAAUUUUCUGAUGAGGAACUUCAAUAUGAUGUUGAUAGGGAAAUUAUUCCUAUUGCAAUACAGUGUGUUGCAGAUGAAGGACCUGAAGAUGCUAGACAAUCUCAUACAACAAUAGCAAUGGUUGAAAAAAUCGCAGACGGUAUUUACCUGUUGAAAGCUUUAAAGCAAAAACUGUGGGUAGAUGGGCUUAUUUAUUUGUUGCAAGAAAUUUAUGGGAUUGAGAAUAAAAAUAAUGAGAAGGCAUGUGGAGAUGAAGAAACAGAAGACAACGGUUCCGAAUGCGUAAUUUGCAUGUGCGACAUGCGCGAUACACUAAUAUUACCCUGCCGUCACUUAUGCCUGUGCAAUUCCUGCGCAGACUCUCUAAGAUACCAGGCCAACAAUUGUCCAAUUUGCAGAGCUCCUUUUCGGGCCUUGCUGCAAAUCAGGGCCCUGCAAAAAAGUGCCAAUCCUAGUCUAGCACCAAUCAGCCAAGCCGAUGUAAACUGUGACGUCAUUCCUCCAGGAUAUGAAGCUGUUACUCUUAUAGAGGCUCUAAACGGGCCCAGACAAUCGCGUCAACCUCCGUCUGCUAUUCCAGAUUUGGUUGAGUCGCCUGAGAAUGAGCACGCGAUUCAGGCUGCUCAUGUUUUGAAUAGGCAAUCGUCGCCGUCUUCUAAGAGUGGUAGAAGUCAUCCUACAACUCCUGAAUAUCAUCCAAAAUCUAUUGUAACUGUUUUAACUAAUAGGACAGAGGAGGAAAAUGCCAAGGAAACUCAAAAAUGUCCUCUUUUAAGGGACGAAAAAGAGCUUGUAAUAAGAAGCAGACAAAGACAACGAGACGCUUUAAAGUUGGUCAAUGAAAAAGAGAAAGAUGAACAUAUUGAUGAAGAUAGUGAAGCAGAAAACCUAUCCCCAUUACUCCAAAAGAAGCGAGCAAGCAUUACAAGAUCAUUAGCUUUACAUAUGGAUGACAUAAUUGACCAUAUAGAUGACAUUGACAUAGAAGAAAAAAUAUCAGCAAAAGAAAAAAAUGGCAAAUACGAACGAGGUGAAGAAUCUGACUAUUACACUCCUGAUGAACCUUCUGCUCCUGCCCAAAACAUAUUAAAUGGUUCUAGUUCUCUGGAUAGUACUCCACAUAAGAGCCUGUCGAACCUCUGUAGUUUACCAAAAGGAUUGCGUAGCCUAAAGCCAAAAAAAUGGCUUCUUCCAAAAAGAAAUAAUUGGCAAACGAAGAAUGUGGUCCACCAUGAGGCCAUACAAGUAGAGGCACGUUAUCACCUGAUGUUGGCCCAAGGAAUUCUUAUUGAAAUCAUAAUACUUGUAUGUUGCUCCUUGGAUUUCAGGCACUUCAAUUUUGGGAGUUAAUUCGGUCCAUUGUAUGGGGCCUGCAGGGUCUGAGGCUGUUAUUUUUCCUAAGACAAUCGAAUCAGGAACCAAAAAAUUGCGUCUCAAAGCCAAAACUAAAUCGUCUUUAACGUCAAUAAUUAAUUGACUGCCUUCAUUGUAUAUUAAUUCAUUUAGGUCUCCAGUUUCUUUAAGAAUUAUUUUGAAAUAUAGAAGUUUUUUUUUUUAACUUAAUCAAAUGCUUACCAAUAUCAACAACAUAUGAGUUUAUUGUGUAUUUUUGAGCGGUAUUCAAGAAUAAUUUGUUAGGGCUUGCCCAUGGUCGUUUUGGGAAACCGGUAGUAAAUAUACCAAAGAAAUUUCUAUUAUUGGUAGUUUCUUUUUUAAAUUCAACUAUGUCAAUGAUAGUUUCAGAUGUAGACUUAAAAAAAAACCAGUUUAUAUGUUAAAAACCCAAAAAGACAAAAAUCCUUACAUUUUUAGUUAUAGGAUAGCUAGUUUUUUUCAAAGCCAUACAAGCCAUAUGAGGACCUUUAGCUUGCCGCUCCAACCAAACUAUAGUAUUUCCAUCAAGAGUAAAUAUAGGCGACUUAACUGCGGCAUUAUCCAAAGGCAUUUCAACUAAAAAUACUUGACAAUCAAAAAAAUUGCUCAAACAUAUUAAUAUUUAUUAUUACCAUAAUUCCCUUCAAAAUCCAACUGAAAAAUAGUACUGGGCCUAUUGGUGCAAUAAAUCAAGCCUAACUUUCUUGGCUCCACAAAGUAUGAUACUCCAACUACAUUUUUGCCAUCCAAUGUGUAUUUUGGUUGAGCAACACAGACAUUAGUUGGAGUGCCUUUUAAAAUAACAACACUGUCAUUUUCAAUGUCGUAUUGGGCCAAUACUGAUUGUUUUUUGCCAACAAGUUGUUCACCCCAAUCUUGUUCAAAUAAAAAUUCUUCUCC